AUGGCUGUGUGUGCCAGGCUCUGCGGAGUGGGUCAGUCGCGGAGGUGCCGAAGGCGUCCGCGGCAGAAUCAACAGGACCAGGGCAGCGAUUCUGACAUGGACGAGGAAGAAGAGGAGCGGAUCGUGGGUCAGAGGCGAGGAGACGCCGGCUGCGGGGGCCCGGAGAGCGGCGUCAACACAGCAGGGCCGAGCCGGGUGCACCGCAGCGGGCCGUACGACGUGGGAUUCCCGCACCCACAAGCUUUGACGGAACUACCGCCUGAGCUUUUAGUCGAGAUUUUCUCUUUGCUUCCCGGAACGACACUACCCACAGUCGCUCUCGUCUGUAAAAAAUUUAGGGAGAUCCUCAACACAGAAACCAUCUGGAGGAGGCGCUGUGUGAAAGAGUUCCACAUGAAAGAGGAUCUGAGAAAAAUGGAAGUGGGUGGAGUUUCUUGCCAUGACCUAUAUGUAAAACGUGUUAACCCACGAGUUAAGUCUGGACGCUUCAUGAAGCUUCUUCCUGACUACGAACAUAUGGACUAUAAAGACCUGUACACACACCUUCUUCAUCCAUACAGACACAUUUUGGGAUUAUGGCAGCCAGACAUAGGCCCUUAUGGGGGGUUACUCAAUGUUGUGGUUGAUGGGCUGUUCAUCAUCGGAUGGAUGUACUUGCCACCUCAUGAUCCUUGCGUGGAAGAUCCUAUGAGAAGACGGCCUCUCUUUCGAAUCCACAUGUGGGAAAGCAAAAAGGCUACCGUGGAGUGUAUGUAUGGACACAAGGGUCCCCACAAAGGAGACAUCCAGACUGUCAAGAAGGAUGAAUUCUCAACAAAAUGUAACCAGACAGAUCAUCACCGCAUGCCCGGAGGCAGACAAGAAGAGUUCAGAACAUGGCUGGAGGAAGAAUGGGGCCGGACGCUAGAAGAGAUUUUCCAUGAACAUAUGCAGGAGCUCAUUCUGAUGAAGUUUAUUUACACCAGCCAAUAUGACAACUGUUUGACAUAUCGGCGGAUCUACUUGCCUCCUUUAAUGCCGUCUGACUUGAUUCAGCCCGGUCUAUUUAAAGGCACAUAUGGCAGUCACGGUUUAGAGAUUGUCAUGCUCAGCUUUCAUGGGAUGUCUGCAAGGGCCACCAAGCUCACCGGAGAUCCCAAUGUUCCUGCUGGGCAACUGACUUUGGACAUUGACCUGAGCCAGCCGUUGGACCUCCCAGACUUGGAACAUCAGCGCAAUAUAGAGGAGCUGUCACGCCUUAUAUUGGGGGUACAUGAGCAAGUACAGAGGCAGCAGACGUUAGGCACUCCUGCCACAGUGAGAGCCCCUGCUAGUGGCAAUGCUCCCGCAGAAGAUGUUGCCAAUAUUAGCGUCAGUUCCGAUGGUUGCCUUCCAGGUCCAAGUACGGAUCCAAAUUCAUUUGAGAGCCAACCCUUCAUUCUCCCCCUGGGAGUCAUGGCUCGCAAUGAAGUGUACCCACGUACUUGCAGAAAAUGCUUCUAUGGAACAGGGCUGAUUGCCGGGCACGGCUUCACAAGUCCAGAGCGCACCCCAGGGCUAUUUGUGCUCUUUGAUCAGGAUCGUUUUGGCUUCAUCUGGCUGGAGUUGAAGUCUUUCAGUCUCUACAGUCGCCUGACAGACCACCUAGCCCAUGCACAUGCCCCAAAUUUGGAGCGAUUUGAGGCCAUGCUGCGCAAUAUGCAGUCGUGGACAUCAUGA